AUGUCAUCUUAUAAACGUCUGGACCUGCACAUUAUUGGAACCAUUAAACGUCUGGACCUGCACAUUAUUGGAACCGUAAUUAUGUUUAUGGACUCAGGUGUAGACACUUUGACAGUGUUUAUGGCCAGCAGCGGAACUACACACGUCACGAAUCGAAACAGCCCGGCCACACCACCAAAUACCCUUAAUCUCCGUUCCUCCCACAAUGAACUGUUGAAUGCUGAAAUAAAACACACAGAAACAAAGAACAGCACCCCCCCCAAAUGCAGGAAAAAAUAUGCACUAACUAACAUCCAGGCAGCAAUGGGCCUCUCAGAUCCAGCUGCACAGCCCUUGCUGGGAAAUGGCUCUGCCAACAGUAAGCUGGUGAAAAAUGGGGAGAACCAGCUCCGGAAGGCUGCAGAACAAGGGCAGCAGGACCCCAACAAAAACGUCAGCCCCACUGCAGUCAUCAACAUAACUUCUGAGAAGUUAGAGGGUAAAGAGCCCCAUCCACGGGAUUCCCCGGGCUGUGAAAUUUUACCCUCCCAGCCCAGGAGAACCAAGAGUUUCCUAAAUUACUAUGCAGACCUGGAAACCUCAGCCAGAGAACUAGAGCAGAACUUAGGCCACCAGCAUGGAGUUGUGGAAGAGAAGUCUCAGCCAGACCCAGGCCCAGCCCCCACCACCGUCGGAAAUGGCGAGUUGCUGGUGCAGAAACCUAACAAGCCCCAAUGCAGCCCUGAAGAUGGCCAGGUGGCCACAGUAUCAUCCAGCCCAGAGACCAAGAAGGAUCAUCCUAAAACGGGGGCCAAAACUGAUUGCGCACUCCACCGGAUCCAGAACCUGGCUCCGAGCGACGAGGAGUCCAGCUGGACCACACUGUCCCAAGACAGCGCCUCACCUAGCUCCCCAGAUGAAGCAGCAGACAUAUGGAGUGAUCACUCCUUUCAGACCGAUCCAGAUUUGCCACCUGGUUGGAAAAGAAUCAGUGACAUCGCUGGGACCUAUUACUGGCACAUACCAACAGGGACAACUCAGUGGGAGCGCCCUGUCUCCAUCCCAGCAGACCUUCAGGAUUCUAGGAAAGGGUCACUUAGUUCUGUAACGCCAUCUCCCACCCCAGAGAAUGAGAAACAGCCAUGGAGUGAUUUUGCUGUUCUGAAUGGGGGAAAGAUUAAUAGUGACAUUUGGAAGGAUUUGCAUGCAGCCACAGUUAACCCGGACCCAAGUUUAAAAGAGUUUGAAGGAGCAACGCUGCGCUAUGCAUCUUUGAAACUCAGAAAUGCCCCAAAUGGUGAUGAUGAUGAUUCUUGUAGUGUCAACAGUGAUCCAGAAGCCAAGUGUUUUGCUGUGCGUUCUCUGGGCUGGGUAGAAAUGGCAGAGGAGGACCUUGCGCCUGGUAAAAGUAGUGUUGCUGUCAACAACUGCAUCAGGCAGCUUUCUUACUGCAAAAAUGACAUUCGAGAUACAGUCGGCAUUUGGGGAGAGGGGAAAGACAUGUACCUGAUCCUGGAGAACGACACACUCAGCCUGGUGGACCCCAUGGACCGCACGGUGCUCCACUCCCAGCCCAUCGCCAGUAUCCGCGUGUGGGGUGUGGGCCGCGACAACGGCCGGAAGCAGCUCCUCAUGUGUUCAGGUUUGAUCAGGAGAUGCAGCAAUUCAGCCAUAUCCUCAUUCCAGUGCUUUUGCAAUUUCCACCACAUCUGCAGUUACUUCCUCCACUGAAGUGUUGAACCCUUCAAAGUCA